AUGCCCCCCACGCGGUCUGAGCGGCGGCUGGAUGAGGCAUCAACCGCGGUUGUCGUCCUCCUUUUUCUGAUUGUGGUGAUCUCCGCUUCUUGUGUGUUUUUUUUGUUCGUUCUUUCCCGCAUUUCUGUUUUGCCUGCGGGCGCGAAAGUCGAGGUCCCUGCCGGUAUGAUAAAAAUCCGAAUUCUGCACCUCAGCGUCCUCUCGGAGGAUGCAGGGGACUUCAGGCACGGCGGCCUCUACGUCGUGGUGCGCGUGGGCGACGAGGCGCAGCGCACGGCGGCCCUUGCAGAGGGCGACCGCGCUGCCUGGAACGAAGUCUUCCACUUUCACCUGCCCUCCCCUCCCGCCGCUGGCGUGGCAGCCGGCAGCGCGAGGGCGCUGCUGGAGGCCCCGCUUCUCGCGGGUGGCCCACCACCGCUGGAAAUGCCGCCGUACCCGCCCUCGUUGCCGCGGCGCCGGCUGCACGCCAGCGGCGUCGGUGGCAGCGACAUGGCCGCCGUCGCGCCCGCCGCACCGUGGGCCGGCAGCCCCUUCGACGUCCCGACGGUGGCGCUGGAGCUCUGGCGUCACUCGGCGACCUCCGAUGACUGCCUUGCGAAGUAUCACUUUCCUGUCGCGCACGAAGUGGGCGAGGGCGUCGUGGACAGUUGCGUGCGGCUCAGGAGUGCGUCUUCGUACUCCGUUGAGUUCGCCCUCCGCGUCCGUGUGGCGUUGGUGCACGCCGGCCCCGCCCACGCACUGCAGCGCCCCGCGCCCCAACGGGCAGUUCUGCGGGAACCGGCCGUUCUCUGGGGACCGUAG